AUGAAUUGCUUGGAUUUGGAGACAUGUCAUAUCCAGGAAAAUGACACAGCCAUAUGCAGAUGUAUUCAGUAUUGUCCACCUGUUAUGAAGCCUGUUUGCUCCAUUAAUGGAAAAACAUAUGAUAACGAAUGUGUUUUGCGACGUUCCGCAUGCGUAUCAAAAAUAUACAAUGCCGUACGGCAUGAAGGUCCUUGCGGUCUUGGUGCAUGCUCUGGUUAUGAUGGUUGUCGGCCAUUUGAAGUAUGUAUUGACCGAAAUGGACAACCAGUAUGCGAAUGUGAAACUUGCGAUUCGCAACUCAACGAAGUUUGCGCAUCCGAUGGCAUCACUUAUGCAAAUGAAUGCAAAAUGCGUCUCGAAUCCUGCUUGACCGGCAAAUUUAUUUAUCAAAAGUAUAGUGGGGUGUGUGAUGGUUGCAUAAAUGUUCGUUGCGAAUUUUAUGCUAUUUGCGUGUCGGAUGAAAGUGGCAAUGGUUCUUGUCAAUGUCCGGAUCAAUGCGCUUAUGACAAUUCUGGGAUGAUAUGUGCAACAGAUGGUAUCACAUAUCGCUCAGAAUGUCAUAUGCGCCAAGCUGCAUGCCAGCAACAAAAAUUCAUAGUCAUUGCUUUCCAAGGUUCCUGUGAUAGCUGUUCAAACACCGUUUGUCUUGAUGGACAACAGUGUGAGAAUGGCAUUUGUUCCUGUCCAAGUAACUGUCCGGAUGUUACCGAAAAUAGUACGAUAUGUGGUAGUGAUGGAAUACUUUAUCCAUCGAAAUGUCAUUUGAAAAUGGCGAUCUGUCACAAAGGUCUUGAAAUAUCUCCCCAACAUCUUAAUAACUGUCAACAGUCAUUACGUAAAAUUGGUGAAUUUUCUACAAUGAGUAGUUGCGAUCAGCGAAGUUGUUCUUUUGGUGGUAUUUGUAUAGCAUUCACCGAGAAUCAUCAAUCCGAGGUAUGUCUGUGUGAUUUCAAUUGUUCCGCAACAGAUGAUAUGGAAGCCAUUUGCGCUAGUGAUGGAAAUAUCUAUAAUUCAACAUGCUUCAUGGAUUUGGAAUCCUGUAAACAACAAAAAUCCAUUUAUCAAAUGACACCGAUACAUCUUUGUCAUUAUAAUGAUGAAUGCAGCUGCAACCGUAUCGGAUCCUAUAGUAAUGUAUGUGAUCAACAUGGACAAUGUCGAUGCCUUCCUGGUGUGGGUGGCAAAAAGUGCGAUCAUUGCAUGUCCGGUUUCUGGGGAUUACAUCUGAUUGCCAAAGGUGCAUCAGGAUGUCAGCCAUGCGGUUGUUCGGUAUUUGGCUCUUCGCGCUUUGAUUGUGAACAAUCAACAGGUCGUUGUCAGUGCAAACCAGAUUCAUACGGUUUGAAAUGUGAUUCCUGUAGUCCGGAUUUUAUUUUAACUUCAAAUGGUUGUAUGAAAAAGACAGAAUUAUACGCUCCCAAGGACUGCAACGAUCUACGAUGUUACCAUGGAGGAGUGUGUGCGAUUGCUUUAUCAGGAAUGCCGAUUUGUAAAUGCACAAAACAAUGUUCAUCAGAUCAUCUUGGAAUAGUAGCUGAAAUGAUUAUCUGUGGAUCUGAUGGUGAAACUUAUGAUAAUAUUUGUGAAUUGCAACAGUUUGCAUGCAAGCAUCAAUUGGAUUUAGUCCCUUCAUCACUUGGUACCUGUCCACAAGAUGUUAGUAAUGGUAGCGGUGAAAUGCAGCGACGUCGAGAGCGUAAAUUAGAUGCGCCAACAUUUUCAGGAAAUUUAUGCAUAGAUGAUACUGACUGUCAUAUUUUUAAUACAUACUGUGGUGAAAUGAAUUUCAUGAAACUGAGAUCAUGCAAAUGUAGAGAAGGAUUCUUUCCUUCGAAAGAUAUGACACAAUGCAUACAAAGUUAG